AUGUUUUUCGGCGAAAGUGUGAAUUGCGGGCGCGAAGCUGCUUUUCAUUUUUUAAAACUCUUUAAUUCUGAUAUAAAUUUUUAUUUUGUUCUGAAAAUCUUGGAAUCGUGAUGGCUUCUGUUGUAGAUAAAAUUGCAGCUAUCGAAGCCGAGAUGGCUCGGACCCAGAGAAACAAAGCCACCAUGGGCCAUUUGGGUCUGUUAAAAGCCAGGCUUGCAAAAUUGAAAAGAGAACUCAUGACUCCAAAGGGUGGUGGUGGAGGACCUGGUGAAGGUUUCGAUGUUGCAAAAACUGGCGAUGCAAGAAUAGGAUUUGUUGGUUUCCCUUCUGUUGGAAAAUCGACACUUAUGAACACUCUCGCUGGUGUGUUUUCUGAGGUUGCUGCAUAUGAAUUUACUACUUUGACAACAGUACCAGGUGUGAUUAGAUAUAAAGGUGCAAAGGUACAACUUCUUGAUCUUCCAGGUAUUAUUGAAGGAGCUAAAGAUGGUAAAGGAAGAGGAAGACAAGUCAUAGCAGUUGCCCGAACCUGUAGCUUGAUAUUUAUUGUAUUAGAUGUUUUAAAACCCUUAGUUCAUAAAAAAUUAAUUGAACAUGAAUUAGAAGGAUUCGGUAUCAGGUUAAAUAAAGAUCCACCUGGUAUUGUGCUUAGAAAAAAAGACAAAGGUGGCAUCAAUUUACAAGUAAUGUGUCCUCAAAGUGAAUUAGAUUUAGACUUGGUGAAAACAAUUCUUUCUGAAUACAGGAUACAUAAUGCUGAUGUAGUUUUAAAAUCUGAUUGUACAUCUGAUGAACUUAUUGAUGUCAUUGAAGGCAACAGAAUUUAUAUCCCUUGCAUCUAUGUUUUGAAUAAAAUAGAUCAGAUUUCAAUUGAGGAAUUGGAUAUCAUUUAUCAAAUCCCACAUACAGUACCCAUAUCUGCACAUCAUAAGUGGAAUUUUGAUGACCUUCUGGAAAAGGCAUGGGAAUACCUGAAAUUAAUUAGAAUAUAUACAAAGCCGAAAGGACAGCUGCCAGAUUAUGAGUCUCCUGUCAUUUUAAGUCAAGAUAAACGUACUGUGGAAGAUUUUUGCAAUAAACUCCACAGAACUAUCAUGAAAGAAUUUAAAUACGCUUUAGUUUGGGGAUCUUCUGUCAAGCAUAAUCCACAGAAAGUUGGAAAGGAUCAUGUUUUAAAUGAUGAAGAUGUUGUGCAAGUUGUUAAAAAGGUGUGAAAAAUGCUUAAGAUGAAAUAUAAAAACAGAGAUAUAUUUAAAAGAAAAAAAGAAAAAAAAUGUGAGAUUCUUUUUUACUACAUUUACCAAUGUUAAAGUUUGGAUGGAAGUUCUUGUGUUUACAAGGCAAAAUAAUGAAACUUUUUUUAAGACUGUAACAUCCAAAU